CACCCAACCAAAGGGUCAGAGUAUUUAUUCCCGAAAGCAUAAACUACAGCUAGCACUGCAGUGUAUAAAAUGUGGUGAGUAGUUGACUCAGAGUGAGAAAUACAAUAGUUGAACAGUUAAAAAAUGUAUUUCUUCCAAAAUGAAGGAGAAGCAAGAGAGAAAUAGAGAGAGUCAUUUAUUUCACUUUCAGUUUCACUGACGUAGCUAGCAAAUGCAGCUAACUAGUUUAGCCCACUGAAACACCCUGCUCAAACAGAGGGAUGCUUUGUUAGCUAUCUGACUAUGACUUUCCAACACAAGACUGGAACUCUUCCAAGUCAAGGUGGCGAAUCGCAUCUCUGCAUGUCUGGCAGACAUAUCAGUGUGGAUGACGGAUCACCACCUCAAGCUGAACCUCGGCAAGACGGAGCUGCUCUUCCUCCCGGGGAAGGACUGCCCGUUCCAUGAUCUCGCCAUCACGGUUGACAACUCCAUUGUGUCCUCCUCCCAGAGCGCUAAGAACCUUGGCGUGAUCCUGGACAACACCCUGUCAUUCUCAACUAACAUCAAGGCGGUGGCCCGUUCCUGUAGGUUCAUGCUCUACAACAUCCGCAGAGUACGACCCUGCCUCACACAGGAAGCGGCGCAGGUCCUAAUCCAGGCACUUGUCAUCUCCCGUCUGGAUUACUGCAACUCGCUGUUGGCUGGGCUCCCUGCCUGUGCCAUUAAACCCCUACAACUCAUCCAGAACGCCGCAGCCCGUCUGGUGUUCAACCUUCCCAAGUUCUCUCACGUCACCCCGCUCCUCCGCUCUCUCCACUGGCUUCCAGUUGAAGCUCGCAUCCGCUACAAGACCAUGGUGCUUGCCUACGGAGCUGUGAGGGGAACGGCACCUCAGUACCUCCAGGCUCUGAUCAGGCCCUACACCCAAACAAGGGCACUGCGUUCAUCCACCUCUGGCCUGCUCGCCUCCCUACCUCUGAGGAAGUACAGUUCCCGCUCAGCCCAGUCAAAACUGUUCGCUGCUCUGGCACCCCAAUGGUGGAACAAACUCCCUCACGACGCCAGGACAGCAGAGUCAAUCACCACCUUCCGGAGACACCUGAAACCCCACCUCUUUAAGGAAUACCUAGAAUAGGAUAAAGUAAUCCUUCUGACCCCCCCCCCCCCUUAAAAGAUUUAGAUGCACUGUUUGUAAAGUGGCUGUUCCACUGGAUGUCAUAAGGUGAACGCACCAAUUUGUAAGUCGCUCUGGAUAAGAGCGUCUGCUAAAUGACUUAAAUGAUGUAUGUAAUGUAAAGUUUUACACUAAAUCAAUAGCAAAAGAUGAUCAAGUGUAAAACAAUAAGCUACAGCAGGCCAACAGUGAGGUCUACUGGCUUCGUUAAACGCCUUCUGGAUGUGCGUAAAAGUUGAUUUGCGUAAAAGUAAUCGGAUCCCAUUCCGGAAAAUUGAAAAUGUCAACGCAACUGCGACUCCAACCGACCCAGACGGCUGCAAAGACAAAAAAAAAAUAUUUUGAGGACAUGGUGAUGACACCUGACCGCAUCCCAAAGUUUACCAUUCCGCCCCUGGGACAGGCACGAUGUCUGCAAACUCCAAGAGACCGGGAAGGGUGUGUGCUGCUCUACCCACGUCGCAAUACAAUUCCACUGUUGCCGCACUCCACAUCUGUCUUCUGUCGAGCAUUGAGUCACGCCGGUCCUCUUCCGGAGCAUCAAUACAUGUUAAGAGAAGAUUUGGUGGAUCCAACGACACGGGCGGCAAUGUCUCUUCCGCAUUUACCCAAAAUCACAACGCCAUAUGGCUUCCUCACUCUGGGCGAAAGCCCCUGCGUCCGAAGAAGGGAGUCAUUGUUUUUUAAAGAUGACUUGAUGACUUUAAAGAUGACACAGUCUUGCAUGAUCAACGGGACACAACGGGCCAGCACGCCCUCGUCGACUAAAAAUCAUACCCAAUCAGAUUUUUUAAACAUCCCUGGCGCAAGGAGGAUAUCGCACUCCUUUUCGUACAACGCUGCGUCAACUCACCGUUGCGCCUCACGUCAGUCAGAAAACUAUCGACAUUCUGAGAAUCUGUCUGGACACUGAUCAUCCCGGACCUCUGCCACUGUGUUCCCCGGCGAAUGGACAAAUAAAGCGACUAUUCAAGAACCGCCUGGCUUCAGUUCGGGCAAUGUACAGGCCGGCGAAAAGAGUGGCCCCUGUUGUGCAGAGCGACAACAUUUUGGGAACAGGGAUCCAGGCAUCAGACUCUUGAUGUGCCACAUAGGCGAAAUUGGCACGGGGGAUGCCCCCAAUAUUCACUACAGAUCGAUUUGUCUUCGUCGUCGUGGCAAAAAUGUGAAGAAUAGCAUGAGAUUAGCUAUAAAACCUCAAAUCAUUUUUUCUGCUCCAUGGCAAAAUGUGUAGAAUCGUUGAACAUUUGCUUUAAAACUGCAACAUUUUCUCUCAUACUCAUGACAAAACGUAUAAAGUAACAUGAUAAAACUGCACAUUCUUCUCUCUUCCCCAUGGCAAAAUGUGCUGAAAUCCAGGGGGAAAAAUCGUUUUCCCCAACAAUUUGUUUUGUUGGGGGGGGCUUCCACUUAUACUGUGUUUUCAAAAUACCCCCCCCCCCCUCCCCCAUAUACCCCUCAAUAGAGGCAUAAUAAGUCAUGUCAAACUUUGUAGAAUUGCAGGAAAAUAGUUUUAAAAAGUUGCCCUUGUUGUGCCAUAUAAGGUAUUAGGUCAAAUUAAAUAAUAUUGCUGUUCUUUCAAUCCACAACAUUGUCCAGGUUUCCCAGAUACAUUUCACAAACAUUUGAACACAAUGUUCAGUAUACUGUCCUACUAUAUGGACUAUUUUCCUUCUGUGAAAACUUAUCCAUGCCCUUGACUUGAAGAAAUGAAUGUAUUAAAAAUAAAAAUGUACCUUGUCUAUUUCAGUUUUACCACUAUAAAUGACAGUUGAAAUUAAUCAACAAACAAGCAAGAUAAAUGAAAUAGAGUAAAAUAAAGUUUAGUACCACAUUUCAAAGCUACAAUAGAAACAGUUAUAUAUAUUGUCUUCUUCACUCAAGCACUUGAUGUUACAGAGAUCAAACACAUUGUCACACCCUGACCUUAGAGAUCCUUUUUAUGUCUCUAUUUUGGUUGGUCAGGGCGUGAGUUGGGGUGGGCAUUCUAUGUUUUGUGUUCUAUGUUUUCUUUUCUGUGUGUUUGGCCGGGUGUGGUUCUCAAUCAGAGGUAGCUGUCUAUCGUUGUCUCUGAUUGAGAACCAUACUUAGGUAUCCUUUUCCCACCUGUGUUUUGUGGGUAGUUGUUUUCUGUUUUGUGUUGCUGCACCUUACAGGACUGUUUCGUUUUCGUUUCACUCUCGUUGUUAUUUUGUUUAGUGUUUCUGUUCUAAUAAAAAUAACAUGAACACUUGC